CCUCUAGGGCUGUUUGAGACCUAGAGACCCUAAAGCUUUGGAGCGCGUGAGCGCCCGCGCUGCUCCUUCUCCACUCCAAGGGCUAGGGGAGUGAGAUUCGCCUCUUUUUAUUCUCUCCUCUCUUGCCCGGAGCCAACCGCCCCGGUGCGCGCGGACAUCUAGCGCCGCCGCUCCCUCCUCCCUGCCCCUCCCCCUUCGGGAGCUCCCGCCCGCGCGCUCCUCCUCCUCCUCUUUCCCCGGCGACGCGCACGCGCGCCAGGCCGGCUCGCGCCCUCUCGCUUUCCUCGGGUCCGCGAGACCCCCUCCCCUUCCGCCUCGCGGCGCUUCGUCGCGCCGCGGUCUUCUCUAUCCACCCCCGACAUCGCGGGGCUCCCCCCGCCCGCCAACGGCGGGUCCCCGGCUUCCCAAGCCCCCUCGCUUCCCGCGCUCUCCAGCAGGGGCCUAGCCCCAGCCUCCUCUCUCCCUCCCUUCCCCCUAAUUCCCCUUCCGGACGCUGCCAUCAUGUUGAAGCCUCAGCCGCCACAACAGACCUCCCAGCCCCAGCAGCCGCCCCCCACGCAACAGGCCGUAGCCCGCCGGCCUCCCGGGGGCACCAGCCCUCCCAACGGCGGCCUCCCGGGGCCCCUGGCCUCCACCUCGGCUCCCCCAGGGCCUCCCGCGGCCGCUUCUCCCUGCCUGGGGCCUGCAGCCGCCGCCGGGAGCGGGCUCCGCCGGGGAGCCGAGGGCAUCUUGGCGCCGCAGCCGCCGCCGCAGCAGCAACAUCAGGAGAGGCCAGGGGCAACGGCUAUCGGCAGCGCCAGGGGACAAAGCACAGGAAAGGGACCCCCACAGUCACCGGUGAGUGGCACUCCGCACCCGCAAAGUACAGAGGUGUUCGAGGGUGUCUACAACAAUUCCAGAAUGCUGCAUUUUCUUACAGCUGUUGUGGGCUCCACUUGUGAUGUAAAAGUGAAGAAUGGUACCACUUACGAAGGUAUCUUCAAGACUCUGAGCUCAAAGUUUGAACUAGCAGUAGACGCUGUACACCGGAAAGCAUCUGAGCCAGCAGGUGGCCCUCGUCGGGAAGACAUUGUGGACACCAUGGUGUUUAAGCCAAGUGAUGUCAUGCUUGUUCACUUCCGAAAUGUUGACUUCAAUUAUGCUACUAAAGACAAGUUCACUGAUUCAGCCAUUGCCAUGAACUCAAAGGUGAAUGGAGAGCACAAAGAGAAGGUGCUUCAGCGCUGGGAAGGGGGCGACAGCAACAGUGAUGACUAUGACCUCGAGUCUGACAUGUCCAAUGGAUGGGACCCCAACGAAAUGUUCAAGUUCAACGAGGAGAACUAUGGUGUGAAGACCACCUAUGACAGCAGUCUUUCUUCUUACACGGUGCCCUUGGAGAAGGACAACUCAGAAGAGUUUCGUCAGCGGGAGCUGCGUGCAGCCCAGUUGGCCCGAGAGAUUGAAUCGAGCCCCCAGUACCGCCUGAGGAUCGCCAUGGAGAAUGAUGAUGGGCGCACCGAGGAGGAGAAGCACAGCGCAGUCCAGCGGCAGGGUUCAGGACGGGAGAGCCCCAGCUUGGCAUCUAGGGAAGGAAAGUAUAUCCCUCUACCCCAACGAGUUCGGGAAGGUCCCCGGGGAGGAGUUCGAUGCAGUAGUUCCCGGGGUGGCCGGCCUGGCCUUAGCUCCUUGCCACCUCGUGGUCCUCACCACCUUGACAGUAGCAGCCCUGGCCCAGGUUCUGAGACACGUGGUAUCAACGGAGGCCCUUCCCGCAUGUCCCCUAAGGCACAGCGGCCUCUGAGAGGUGGUGCCAAGACUCUGUCUUCACCCAGCAGUAGGCCUUCUGGAGAAGCUUCUGUUCCACCUCCUCCUGCAGCUUUCCCUUUACUUCCAGUGGGCCGGAUGUACCCACCGCGCUCUCCCAAGUCAGCUGCCCCUGCCCCAAUCUCAGCUUCCUGUCCUGAUGCCCCCAUGGGAUCAGCAGUACCGACCUCUUCGGCUUCCAUCCCUGUGACAUCAUCGGUUGUGGAUCCUGGAGUAGGCUCUGUUUCCCCAGCUUCUCCAAAGAUCUCAUUGGCCCCCACAGAUGUAAAAGAACUCCCAGCCAAGGAACCUGGGAGAACACUGGAGUCCCAGGAGCUGUCCCGGAUAGCUGGGAAAGUCCCUGGCCUUCAGAAUGAACAAAAACGCUUUCAACUGGAAGAACUGAGGAAGUUCGGGGCCCAGUUUAAGCUGCUGCCCAGUAGCUCCCCUGAGACCAUCCUGGAUCCUUUUCCUCCCCGGAUCUUAAAGGAAGAGGCCAAAGGGAAAGAGAAGGAGGUUGAUGGUCUAUUGAGUUCAGAGCCAGUGGGGUCCCCAGUCUCCUCAAAGACGGAGUCCGUAUCGGAUAAGGAGGACAAGCCGCCCCUGCCGCCGGCAGGGGGCACAGAGGGGCCGGAGCAGCCCCCUCCACCUUGCCCAAGCCAAACUGGCAGCCCCCCGGUGGGCCUCAUCAAGGGAGACGACAAAGAUGAGGGCCCGGUCGCUGAACAAGUGAAGAAGUCAACACUGAACCCCAACGCCAAGGAGUUCAAUCCCACAAAGCCUCUGCUGUCUGUGAAUAAAUCCACCAGUACCCCAACUUCUCCGGGGCCCCGGACUCACUCAACUCCCUCCAUCCCGGUGCUGACAGCAGGCCAGAGUGGGCUCUACAGCCCCCAGUACAUUUCUUACAUACCUCAGAUCCAUAUGGGACCAGCUGUUCAGGCACCUCAGAUGUAUCCGUACCCUGUAUCCAGUUCUGUGCCUGGACAGCAGGGCAAGUACCGGGGAGCAAAAGGCUCCCUGCCCCCCCAGCGCUCGGACCAACACCAGCCAGCCUCAGCCCCUCCGAUGAUGCAGGCCGCCGCCGCCGCUGGCCCGCCUCUGGUGGCUGCCACGCCGUACUCUUCCUACAUCCCUUACACCCCGCAGCAGUUCCCGGGCCAGCCCGCCAUGAUGCAGCCCAUGGCCCACUACCCCUCGCAGCCGGUGUUUGCCCCCAUGCUUCAGAGCAACCCACGCAUGCUGACGUCGGGGAGCCAUCCCCAGGCCAUUGUGUCGUCCUCCACCCCUCAGUACCCUUCUGCAGAGCAGCCCACCCCCCAAGCCCUCUAUGCCACUGUUCACCAGUCCUAUCCACACCAUGCCACGCAGCUCCAUGCCCACCAGCCGCAGCCGGCCACCACGCCUACUGGGAGCCAGCCGCAGUCCCAGCAUGCGGCCCCCAGUCCCGUCCAGCACCAGGCGGGGCAGGCCCCACACCUGGGCAGUGGACAGCCACAGCAGAAUCUGUACCACCCAGGGGCCCUGACAGGCACGCCGCCUUCUCUGCCACCGGGACCUUCUGCCCAGUCCCCUCAGAGCAGCUUCCCCCAACCAGCCGCUGUGUAUGCCAUCCAUGCCCACCAGCAGCUGCCCCACGGCUUCACCAACAUGGCCCAUGUUACCCAGGCCCAUGUCCAAACUGGAAUCACAGCAGCCCCGCCCCCUCACCCUGGGGCUCCCCACCCGCCCCAGGUGAUGCUGCUGCAUCCACCCCAGAGCCAUGGGGGACCCCCCCAAGGCGCGGUGCCCCAGAGUGGGGUGCCUGCACUCUCAGCUUCCACACCCUCACCCUACCCCUACAUCGGACACCCCCAAGGUGAGCAGCCUGGCCAGGCGCCUGGAUUUCCAGGAGGAGCCGAUGACAGGAUUCUAUGUAGGGUGGGCAGAAGCCACAGUCGCCGCCGCCAGGGGCUUGCUCCUGGCUCUGUCCUUUGCUUCCCUCCGUCCUCGCUCAGUUGUGAUCCAGCAGCCCCCCUCCCCACUGCCUCCCCAGCUCUCAGUGACCCCGACUGUCUCCUGACUUAGCCGAGGUAAGGUCAGCGCAGCAGACAGGGCCAGGCUGGGGUGUGGGGGGCUGAGCUGGGCACACGAGUAAGGGCUCUGGCUCACUGGGAAACAGCGAUUGAUCUGUGCUUCUGACAGCCCCAUGAGACACCUUGAGGAGGCCGCUCCUACCCAAACACUCCCCCCACACCCCACACUGGACGGCAUUGGUUGAAGGGACAGCUGCUUGGGUUCUAAUGCUCCUGCUCUCUUCUCUUUCCCCUCCAACCAGUUCAAUCUCAUCCCUCCCAGCAGCUCCCCUUCCACCCCCCGGGGAACUGAAGAUUGUCCUGGCCGCGACCUGAGACCUCCAUGAGUGGAGGGAAGAAUGAUCUAUGUCUCUUCCCCCAGCAGCUCGGACCAGUCCCAGCCUCCCAAUCCCCCCUUUCCUCUGGGGGAGCUGGGGAAUUCCUGCCAAGCACCUUGAAGGGGAGGGGCCUCAAAGUGGGCAGGGCCAGGGUCCAGCGGGGGUGGGGGGUUCCUGCUCUGCCCCUGCCCAACCCCACCCCAUCUUGCCCUCCCAUCCUCUUCAUCUAUCCCCCACUGGAGACGGAAGAUCUUUUAUUUUCUAUUAUUUAUAACCUCAGACUUGGGCCCCCUGUUUCUUUCUUCCCCAUUAACUUGAGUGACCUGCGUGAGAGACAGACAGACAGAUGCCCCACAAGGAUGGUUGAACAAGGACUUUUACUUUUUAUUACAUAAAAAUAUUAAAAAAAAAUUAAAAAAAAAUAAAAUUUUAAACUAACUUAA